AUGGUGACUUACAUGAAAUCUAUGUUUGAAGAGUAUGUAGCAAAAUUCUCUAAUGCAUCUCGACGCUCAUCUUCUCUUUUUGAUUUAUCGGGUCAGACAUCGGAUUCAUCUAUAUCUAACAAUAACACAAAAUCAACAAAAGUGAGAAAUAGGAUCCAAAUGAAGAGGAACAAACAAGAUGGUACAGGUUUGGGUGGUAAGUCGGAGUUGGAAAAGUAUCUUAGUGAAGAACUAGAGUUGAAUGAUGAUGACGACAAUUUUAAUAUCUUGUCGUGGUGGAAAGCUCAUUCUCCUAGAUAUAAAAUUCUUUUCGAGAUGGCUCGUGAUGUGUUGGCAAUUCCAAUUUUUAGUGUGGCAUCGGAAUGUGCCUUUAGCACCGGGGGCCGUAUUCUUGAUUCAUUUAGGAGUUCUUUGACUCCAAAAUUGGUGCAAGCUGUUAUUUGUCUUCAAGAUUGGCAUCGAAAUGAGCCUUAUCCCAUAAAUAUUAAAGAAGAUUUUAAUGAUCUUAUGAAACUUGAACUUGUGUAA